CAGUAUUAAGGCGCCCCCAACCGGGGCUGAGACAACCAACACUUAGGUACCUAGGCUUUUACCUAUAAAGCAUCCUCUCUUCUCUAUAAUAGCUGUAGGUGUCCGCACUUCACCGCCAGAUCACAUACAUCAUGGCAUCGACCAUGGCGAUAGAGAUAGAAACAAUCACUGCGCCUCAAAGCGCCGUCGUCACACCCAGUGAACCAUCUGGCUGGGACUCCAACGACGGCCCAGCGUCCACAGCACCGCUAACCUCGACAACACGUGUCGACCAUUCUCUCAGCGACGAUGCGCCCACCAACAGAAAGCCCUCAGUCGCGAGCACGGCCUUUAUCAUGCUGCCUCUAUGCCUCUCGACACUUCUCUCCGCCCUCGACAUUACCAUCGUUAUACCUGCCAUCCCCACCAUCGUUGGCUCCCUCGGCUCCGUCGCGGGCUACACCUGGAUCGGCAGCGCUUUCAUUCUCGCCAGCACGGCCACGACCCCUUUGUGGGGCACCGUCGCUGACAUCUGGGGGCGCAAGCCCAUCAUACUCUUAGCCAUCGCCAUCUUCCUCGGCGGGAGCUUGCUGUGCGCCUUGGCACCCGAUAUGGACGCUUUAAUUGCCGGCCGCGUGGUCCAGGGCUUAGGGUCUGCCGGCAUGGGCACCAUGGUCAAUGUCAUCAUAUGCGAUUCUUUUUCCGUGAGGGAUCGCGGUCUUUAUCUGGGCAUCACGUCGCUGGCCCACGCUCUGGGAAGCGCCAUCGGCCCCCUCGUUGGCGGUGCCUUAACAGACAAGGCUGAUUGGAGAUGGUGUUUUUGGAUCAACUUGCCAAUAGGUGGGACUGUCUUGGUCAUACUCCUCUUCUUCUUGAAGGUAGCGAAUCCCGGUACACCUAUACUUGCCGGGCUUAAGAAGAUAGAUUGGGCGGGUGGUUCUCUCGUUAUGGGAUCAGUCUUGAUGGUACUGCUAGCCCUGGACUUUGGCGACGUUGUCUUCCCAUGGUCAUCUGCCACUGUCAUCUGCCUGUUAGUCUUUGGCGUCGUCUGCGGAGCAUUGUUCGUCGUGAACGAGUGGAAAUUUGCCAAGGAGCCUAUCAUUCCGCUUCACCUCUUCUCACGCAAAUCUUCGGUUGCUGCGUAUGGCGUGUACGUCUUCAACUUCUACGUCUUCAUCGGGAUGUUGUACUAUUUGCCGCUGUACUCGCAAGCCGUGCUUGGCGCUAAUGCUUUAGACUCGGGCAUUUACAUCAUUCCUCUAAUCGUGGCAAGCUCACUUGCAGCCGCUUUUGUCGGCUUUUUCAUUCAGAAGACGGGGAGAUAUCUCGGCAUCAUGUACAUUGGACAGUUCCUGAGCAUACUAGGAGUUGGACUUCUCGUUUAUUUGCCAUUCGAGAAGAGUCUUGCUCGGCUCUUCAUCUUCGAGAUCUUGGUCGGGGUAGGUUGUGGUAUGAACAUUGAACCGCCUCUCAUUGCAGUACAAGCUGUCAAUUCUGAGCGUGACAGUGCAGCUGUCGUGUCUAGUAUGAAUUUUGCGCGCUCCAUCGCCAUCGCCGUUUCCAUCGUCGUCGGUGGAGUUAUUUUUCAGAAUGAGAUGGCGGCCGCUAAUCCAGGGCUCGUCACGCAAAUUGGUGCUGAAUUGGGUCGACAGUUUAAUGGUGAUCAAGCUUCGGCUAAGGUAGAAGUUAUUAAUGAGCUGCCAGAUCAACAACAGGGCGUGGUACGACAAGCUUACUUCCACUCCCUCAGGGAUGUGUGGAUCAUGUACGUAGCAUUUUCAGGUUUGUCGUUGUUGCUUAACGUAUUUGUACGCGCACACCAUCUUAGCACCGAGAAUAAAGGGGCUGUGUUAGGUGCUGAUCGUGAGAAGACAAUCGGCACUGAUGAUAAUGUGGAGCUGAGACGGCGAUUACCAGACAUAAUGUUAGAUAAUUAAGCAUCCCUUAUAUAGAUGUCCAAAACCGUGCCAGGAUGGCCUUGACUAGUGGUUAUGGUUCUUAUAGAUAAAAAGUUCAGAGGAGCUCAGGUUCAUUGACAGCAAUGCUCACCGAUCAGGGCAACUUUCAAGUGAUGCAUAUAUACGUUGCUCUCUUCUAAUACAUUUAAUAUAUUUUUAUCUACUAGAA